AUGUUCCCCGCACGAUCUCUGGCGCGCGCUGCGCCCAGGACCGCGGCGCGCCUGUCUUCCGUCGCCAGACCUGCCACCGCCAUACACAGUGCCCUGCUGCGCAAUCAAUACAGAACCUCCAGGUCACAGGUCUCGGCUUUUUCGACUUCUCUGUUCCGACGAGCCGCCUCUGGCGCGGACAGUGAGCUGAGCGCAAAGCUGAACAGCGAGAUCCAAUUCGAGACCGAGAUGAAGGAGAACGAGCCGCAACCAGUCAGCAUCAAGGACUUCCUUGAUAACAGCCCAUUCGAGAUCCAAGACACCCCUGGUGUGCAGAACGUCGUUCUCACCCGCACAUACAACAACGAGAAGAUCACCGUGACCUUCUCCAUUGCCGACAUCGCCAACAUGGAGAACGAGAUGUUUGAUGAGGACUCCGCGUUGGGCGAUGAGGAGGCUCGCUCCCAGGAGAACCCCGAGGACAUGGACGAAGCCGAGAGUGGUAACGAGCCCAACGUCACAUGUCGCCUCAACAUCGUCGUCGAGAAGCCAGGCAAGGGCGCCCUAAACAUCGAGGCCAUCGCCCAGGACGCCAGCAUCAUUGUCGAAAACAUGUACUACUACAACGAUCCGGCCAUCGCGCACUCGGCAAGCCCCGAGGCCGAGCACAAGAGCCGCGACAUCUACCCUGGCCCGCCGUUCGGCACCCUGGACGAGGACCUGCAGCUCCUGAUGGAGGGAUUCCUGGACGAGCGUGGAAUCAACUCCACCCUGGCCGUGUUUGUACCUGACUACAUGGAUGUCAAGGAGCAGCGGGAGUAUCUGGCAUGGCUAAACAACGUCAAGGGUUUCGUGGAUGCGUGA